AUGGAGUUUGAAAUAGUUGAUCUAACAUGCUUGUCAAAUGCCACAAGUGCUAACUUAAUUAUAUCAUUUUUUCAUUCUUUUUCAGAUGAGUUAAUGCAAGAUAAGGCCUAUGGACAGAAAAAUACAAAUAGAAAAGGAAAAUCAGUGGCUUUUUCACCAAAAGAAUACAUUUCACCAUCUUUCAAACCAGAAUAUAUAGAAUUCAAACCAAAAUAUCAGAAAUUCAACAUCAAGAACGGUUUUGAUCCUUUUCUAAAGAAUAUAAACAACAAAAUGUCAGUCAAAAAAAGGAAAGACCAAGAUAUGUUCAAAUGUAGAAAUAUUUUAAGUGCCGAGGUUGUAGAGCAUGAAGACCAAGAUCCUCCUUACCCAACACAUUCAAAAACUGCAAGCCCUGCUAAUAAAACCUGGCCCCAUAAUCUUUAUAUCAUCGCAAUAAAGGGUUUAGACACUAAGAAUAAGUUAGCCAGUGAUCCUGGUAUCACCGCACUAAAGACUUCAGACCCUAAGAAUAAGUUAGUCCAUGAUCCAGGUAUCAUCACAAUAAAGACUUUAGACACUAAGAAUAAUUUAGCCCAUCAUCCUAGUAUCGCCACAACAAAGACUUUAGACACUAAGAAUAAGUUACAGGAAAGGCUACCAAAUGUAUCUUUACCAAACUUUGAGGGAGAAUCAUCAAUGACUGGAAAAGUAAAUGUAAAUAAAUGUUGCCUCUCAAAAUCAUUAAGUCUUACUUCCCACAUAGAAAAUUUAAAACAAUCAAUGAUGCUCAAGUUAAUUUUAAGUAAAAAUGUGCAAGACCUUUCAGAUAGAUUAUUUUCUACACCUGAAGUUUCUAUGGACACAGAAGCAAGAAAGAAAAGUCAUAGUUCUCCACUUCUGGCUCUUCAUGAUGAACGACCAAGUAGUUUGGAAGGCAAAGUAUUUGAAAAAAUUCAAGAUUUAAAUGGCUGGCUUUCAGAAGGAGACAUUUUAAAUUCAGAGUCUCUUUUAAAUCAAAUAAUUAAAGAUAUUCCCUCAGAUUCACUUUCAGAAGGUGGACCAGGAAAUUCUUCAGGGGUAGAAAAGGAACCUGUCUCUGAAAAACACUUAGAGGCUGCUGAGAUAGAUUCUCCAAUUAAAAAAAAGAGUAGUUUCAAAAAGAUACAUUUAAACAGUGAAGUAUCUAGCUCCAAACCAGAUUUGAAUAGCCUUGUAUAUGAUUAUGUUAUAAAGCAAAUAUUCACUGCACCAAUCGUCUCAGAGUUGGGGAUAGGAGUGAAAGAAUCGAGUGAGACACAGAUAAACUCGCAGAGUCAAUUACCCACAGCUUGGGAGAGUUCGCCUUGCAAUGUUCUAGUUCACUAUGAAGAAAACAAUAAUGAAAUAGAAUUUCUGCCGGCCAAAUCUGUUAUAAGCCAGAUAAUACAAGCAUUUCCUGUAGAUACUCUUUUAGAAUCGGGGAUACUCAAAGUGACAGAAUUAGAUAAAGAAUACCAGAAGAGCUUUUUGCUGUAUACAGAGACAGCUUUUGCUGAAGAAAAGCCAAAGGAUUCCACAGAGUAUUAUUCAGAAAUCAGAAGCAAAACAGAACCUCUUUCAGAGCAGAAUAUACCCAUAGUUCACAAAGAAACCACAUCUUUUAAUGGAGUUGAAUUCAUAGACAAAGGCCAAAAUAGAUCCCCACAAGAUUCAAAAUAUCAGUCGACACCAGAUAAAAAAACAGAUUUGCCAAGUAAUGGUCAAAGGCUUGAUAGAGAAGAAAAUGAUCUAAGUUCUACUUUAGAAAAUUUAAGUAAUGCACUAAUGGGUAAACUUAAUAACUCUGAUGUAAUAAUGUUAAAAUCCUUUUUGAAAAACAUAUUUAAUGUGUUUUUCAAAUAUAGUCAGUCUAAAAGCAGACAACCAGAAAAAGAAAGACUAAUUGAACAUCCUUUUCCAAGUCAGACAGAAGACCUUGAAGAAAUCAAAGAGAACUUUGAUAAAGUAGACAAAUUGGACAGAAAACCUAUUUUGAAUCCAAAGCUGCGUGUAUUUCUAGAAGAACUCUCAGAGUCAGAAAUAAAAAAUUUAAAAUCUGAAUUAAGUAAACAUAUCCAGCAUUACCUUGUAGAAAGGCUUUCAGAAUCAGGACAUAUCACCAAGGAGGACUUACCAAAAAUCUAUCAAAAUCUGUAUGUGAUGAAUGAGAAAGUAGAACCAAAAGGACAAAAUAUUUUUCUGGAGAAAUAUUCAGAAACUGUAAAAGAAAUCCUGUCUUUUGUAAAUAAUUUUAAUCAUCAUUUCACAGAUAAACAUUUGGAAAUAAAGCUAAGAUCUUUUUUAAAUGAAAUUCUCCAAAACUAUUUCCUAAAAAACCUUUCAGACAACAGUUUAUUUAAAGACGCAGAACCUGAGCCUAUACACUCAAAUGUAUCUUCUCUAAGAGCUAAAAGUGCCUCAGUAUCUUUUCAUGAGUUAGGACAAGAUAUUGCAAGAGGGAGUUUUGGUAGUGGGCUUGAAAUAAACAUGAAAUAUCCCUUAAGUAAAUCUCUACAAAACUAUCUUAUAGCUUUAUCAGAAAUUGAACUCUUAGAUCUAAAAGCUGAUUUAAGCAAACACCUCCAGAGUCUUUUUAUAGAAAAACUGUCAAAAUCAGGACUAAUCACAGAAAGGCAAUUAGAGGGGAUAAGCCGGCAUAUAAAUUUGGUUAAUUCUACUUUCACACCAUUAAAAUUUAUAAAGCCAGAUUUGUCCUUAAGAGAUGAAAAUCAGUUUGUGGAGGACCAUUCAGAAAAGCAAAAUAAAUAUUCAAAAAUUGCUCAGAAAACCACUUUACAAAAGGUUUCUGAAGAUAAACUUGUAGAAACAGAGUUGACCAAAAAGGAAGAAAAGGAACAUUUUUCCUUAGAGAAUAUUAAAGAAAGUCCAUCAAUAACUCAGGAACAGAAAAGAUACUAUCCUAAGGAAGCGAAAAUAUUGAGUUUAAUUAAAGUACAACAUUGUUCCAACAAAAAUACCCAGGCAAUUCCAGUAAAUAAGUCAUCAGAAAGACUUACAGAUACAAUGCCUAAGAAACAAAGGAAAGAACACGUUUUCAUGCAGUUUGCUCAAGCAGAGAACUGUGAUUUUAAAACAGAGAUACACGACCCACAUAGUUGGAGUGGUAAAUCAAAAAUAACUCAAUCAAAUGCUUGCUUUGAAAAGACACUGAAAAUGAAGUCCCUUGACAAAAAGGAGCACAAUAACACCUAUAAAUUGAUAGUACAGGAAAAACCUGAAGCAGUACUGUCACCGUAUCCAAGAAUUCCUAAUUGCAAGAUGCCAAAUGAAGGUGAGGAAUACGUAAACAAACUCACUUUUCCUUCCAGGCAAAGUAAUACUCUAACUUGCCUCAAUGCAGAAGCUGGAGAGAAAUCAAAAUUAGAAGACCAGUAUCAUCAGAGAUUGAAAGGAAAUAAUAACAAUUAUAGAAAACAACAUUUAGUAACAUUUGCACAUUACAAAGAAGAAAUACAAACCCUUUAUAUAAAACGAAACAAACUUCACAACAAAAAAUGUGCCAAGGUCCCUGAAUCACAAUUGCUUAAAUAUAAAGUUUUGAUAGCUGAGAAAAACUCAAAACCAUCCCUCUUCCCAGAAGUACUAAAGAGAGAAAAUCUAAAGCCCAGGGUUCAAAAAGAAAGAGACCAUGUCAGCAAACAAAAAAAGUCAUUUAACAAGAUGGUUAGUAUAUUACCAACCACACUGCCCACCACAGGAAUUCUUCUAAGAAAAUCUGUUCCAAGGGCAUUGCUUCAUUGGACUACAAGAAGAACUAUACACGACUGUUCGGAUAGAGUUGAGGAUUUACAUGUAACUUCAUUUAAGCAUCUUGAAAAAGCAAAAUCAAGAUCAAGGCUUUUAGGAAAGAGCCCAAAUGAUAGCCAUAAUCAGUUAAAACGCUCUGCAAGACCAUAUACUGCUCCAGAGGUUAACAAACGAGAAAGCUACACUGGAAAAUUUACAAGUCCUCGAAUCGUUUCAGCAGGCUUAGUUCAUAUAAAUGAUUCAAUCCCAGAUUAUGAAAUCCAUAAAAUGUGGCCAAAAAAAAAUUAA